AUGGCCUUCCCGUCCUUGUCAGGCUCCCGGCGGGGGCGUGUUGUCGUCUUCGCUAUCAUUUCGACGAUUUUAGCAUUGGGAUUCAUGUUUUCGGGACCUUCACCCGGCAGCCGAUUUAAUAAACAGUAUGAUCUGCACCAAGAUUUGCCGGAAACGCCAGGUGUGGUCCUGAAACCUCAGCCCUAUCACCCGUCACCCUAUAUCGACCCGCCUCUUGCACCGGCAGCCGAGGUGACGCACGAUUCCGGCGACGUUAAAGAGCCGCCAGUAUCCGCAAAUGAAGACGAAAUUAAUCAUGUCGAAAACGAUUGGCCCGAGGUUGGAGGUGGCGGAAACAAGCCCACGACGGUCCAGCACCCCACGACUAACACCGAGUCGACGGUUUCUGCGGAGACCACAGAGGCUACCGAGAGACAGACGGUCAUAACAGACACCAUAGACGCUACCGAGACGGCAAAUAACAUAGAACCCAUCGCCUCGGAUCCAAGUACCACGCUUUUGUGCCCCGACUUUGAGUCUCUCCAGAAGCAAAAGCCAGGCCCCUUAUCCGACGGCCGACGUCAGUUUCCCUAUGUCCGUCCUCGCCCGGAAUGCAGGACAUUCCACCUCCCCGCCCUGGAGCGGAUGCUUGGGCGCCUCAAGGGGGUGAUCCGUGACCCUGAUCUCUUCCGGUUGUUCGAAAACAGUUACCCGAACACGCUCGACACCAUGGUCAAGUGGCGCGGCUAUGCCAAUAAGACUGACCAUGUCACCGGCGAGGUGGUAGACACAGACGAGGAGCUGACGUAUGUGACUACCGGCGACAUCGAUGCGAUGUGGCUGCGCGACUCGGCCGGCCAGGUGUAUUCCUAUUUGCCUUUUCUUGAGGCCUCUGAGGAUCACGACUCCCUGGCUAGCCUCUGGCGGGGCUUGAUCAACUCUCACUCCCGGUACAUACUCACCUCGCCGUACUGUCAUUCGUUCCAGCCGCCCCCUGAAAGCGGCAUUCCGCCUACUGUCAACCCCGCGUAUGAGCACAAUCACCCCGAGCCGGUUUACGACCCAAACUUGGUCUUUGACUGCAAGUGGGAGCUCGACAGCCUGGCCUCCUUUCUACAAAUUGGCUCUGCGUACUACACUCGGACAGGCGAUCUGAGCUUUUUCGGGAAGUACUCCUGGGUUGAUGCCGUGGAGGCUGCCGUCGACGCAUCCGCCGCCAUGCGUCUCGGGACAUACGACAAAGACGGCCGGGUGCAGCCCUCGGCCUGGACGUUUACCGGCUGGACACAUCGCGGGACGGAAACCCUCACCAACGCCGGCCGCGGAAACCCAGUCAAAGAAAACGGCAUGGUGCGGUCCGCGUUCCGCCCGAGCGACGACGCGUGCAUCUUCCAGCUCCUGACGCCCAGCAACAUGAUGUGGGCGGCCUACCUGGAGCAGGCGUCCGAGAUCAUGCAAGCAUUGGCGGAUGCCGCACUCAACAACAAGGCGGCCAACCUCACGGUAGAGAUGCGCAAGCUCGCCAAGGGUAUUCGCCGCGGCAUCGCGCAGGAUGCGGUGGUUGUGCACCGCGACUUCGGUAAAAUUUUCGCGUACGAGGUGGACGGAUACGGCGGCGCCAACCUGAUGGAUGACGCUAAUAUCCCCUCGCUUUUGGCCAUGCCGCUGUGGAAAUACUCGGCCGUCGCCGCCGCCAAACCAUCAGGCAGGCAGGCGAUGAAGGCGAAGCUUGUUGCUGACAACGACGGCACCACCACCGACAACACAGGCUUGGUUACCAACGCAAAGCCCCCUGGAGCAACAACACACUCGGAGAAAGACCCCAACCACGACUACGCCGAAAUUUACCAAAACACCCGCCGCUUCGUCCUCAGCAUAGCCAACCCCUACUUCGCCAACGGCCCUGUGCUUUCCGCUGUUGGUGGCCCGCACCUCGGCCCCGGCAAGGCCUGGCCCUUGGCCGCGAUUGUUGCUGCCCUGACAGCGUUUGAGGGCCUGGCCGGGUUUGACUCGCGCGAGAAGCGCGAUGAGGUGCUUGCGCAACAGUUGUUUGCGAUUCUCAACUCAACGGCUGGUACCGGGGUGAUUCACGAGGCGACGGAUGCGUGGAACGAGCGUCGGUGGUCGAGGUCGUGGUUCGGAUGGGCCAACGGGUUGUUUGGGGAAUUGAUCUUGAGGAUUGUUGAUGAUGAGGAGAAUAGGGGGGGGUUAGGUGAGAAAGGUGGGUUGCUUGGGAGAAUGUGGCAGGAUUGA